CUAUAAGUCGGAAAAUGUGAUGGCUAUCAUGAUCUAUCUCCUACAACUGGCUGUUCAAACACUGACUCACUGACGGAGCUCAGUCGAGUGCGCAAGGUCGCUGUGUAUUGCUCGCGCCGGUUGUAUGCAGAUUUUUUUAAAACCAAAUAUCAUGUACAGAUAUGUCGUAGAAGUGUUGUGCUAUAUAAUGUAUGACGUCACCGUUUUGAGAAUGAAUCGGCGUCAUGCGGGCGCGAAACGUAAAACGGAGAAAACGGAGCAGGAGAAGAUGGGUGACCUGCAGGCCAUGUCCGUGCUGAGCAACUACCAGGACAAUCUGUCUCAAGAGAUGAACACCGAUCGGGACAACGGUAGCGAAGCGUCAACGCGUGCUGCCGAGGAGUGUGGUUGCGGGGAGCCGGCGCCCACUCUCCCGGGUGGGGUAAACGGCAAGGCCAAGACGGUCGCAAACCACUGCUCGAUCGUAAUGGGCGGCAUACAUAACAACCCGUCACUCACGUUCAACGACGGAGUUCGGUCUAUAGACUUUGUGCUGGUGUGGGAGUCGCUUAAAGAGGACGCGACUAGUCCCGAGGCGUACGAGCAGAGGCGCAUUUUUGAGCACAACCUCGAGCAGGAUGGCUUGCAGCUCGAAAGGGAGGCUCCUGAGGGACUCCACGGGCUGCACUUUGUUAAGAUACACGCGCCAGUGCAAGUGUUACGAGACUACAGCGAGAUACUGAAACUCAGGAUGCCGAUGAAGGAAUGCAGUAAGAUACGAAAAGUGGCCGGACGAAUGCCAUACUGAAUGCUGCGUUGUAUAUGUCUAAGGUAUGCAUACGAACGUUACAAGCUGCGCGUGCGCAUGUUUCGCCUUUCUAACGUAGAUGGUGCUUUUAGAAUUCCUUUGUGUAAAGUUUUCAAUGUUUCAUAUUGUUGUCUUAUAUGUUGGUGAUUUGUUGUG